AGCGGAGCAGAGAGGCUGUCAUCGACGGACAACGUUGCCAACCAAGCAGCUGGGAAGAGGACUCCGGACGUCCCCCCGUCUCCUUCCUUCGGCCUGUUUAUCAGUCUCAGUCUAAAUACCAAGCAUGCCACAGAGCGUGACACUGAAGGGACCGUCUCCCUGGGGCUUUCGGCUGGUGGGAGGACGGGACUUCAGCACACCGUUAACCGUCUCCAGGGUAACACCUGGCAGCAAGGCGGCCCAAGGAGACCUGUGUCCAGGCGACACCAUCCUGACCAUCAACGGUGACAGCACAGAGCACAUGACUCACAUGGAGGCCCAGAACAGGAUCAAAACUUGCACCCAGCAGCUCACACUCAGCAUCAGCAGAUCAGGAUCUGCAGACAGAGUGUGGUCGCCGACAGUUAGCGAAGAUGGCAAGACAAGUCCUUACACGGAGCCUGACUCGCAGAAUUUCCGUCCCAUCACCAGCGGGUAUGGCAGUUACAGUCGUAAGCCGUCAUACACCCCUGAACCCCAGCCCCCUCAGGCGCCUCAGCCAACUUACCUAAAUAAUGGCCACUCCAGACCCAGCAAUGGCCACUCCUACGGACACGGAAAUGGAACUGGGCAUGCUCAGUACAACAACCCAGCGGGGCUUUACGCUCACAACGGCAGCAACGGAGAGAAGUUUCUGUCAAACAAGAUGGGCGGUCUCAACCUUAGCGCCACACAUAGUCCAGAGCCUCCCGUACAGUCUCCUGUGAGCUGGAACGGCUUUGAUCCAGAGUCUGAUGUUUAUAAGAUGCUGCAGGACUAUGAGGAGCCCAUCUCUGAGCCCAAACAGUCUGGGUCCUUCAAAUACCUUCAGGAGAUCCUGGAGGCUGAGGAUGGAGGUCUGUCCCCUACAGAAAGGAUGAGAAACCUGAAGUCUCCAGUCAAGUCUCCAAUCAGAUCUCCUAUCCCAAAGCUGGGAAGCCCCAUUCCCACCCCCAUGUCUGGUCUUCAGAAGCUGCCCCAAUGCACCCGCUGCUGUAAUGGCAUAGUUGGCACCAUCGUGAAGGCCCGGGACAAGCUCUACCAUCCAGACUGCUUCAUGUGCGACGACUGCGGCCUCAACCUCAAGCAACGGGGAUACUUCUUUAUCGAGGACAAUCUGUACUGCGAGACCCACGCCAAGGCUCGCGUCCAACCCCCAGAAGGCUACGAUGUCGUAGCUGUGUACCCCAACUCCAAAGUGGAGUUAGUCUGAGAUGUUGGCAGCACUGAAAUCCGACUGGGAAAGCAAGAUAAUGUUGGAUGGUGGCGGGCAGACUAUGAUGACCAAGACGAUUAUGAUCUGUCGGGUACGAUGCUGAUCUUGGAUCAGUUUUACCUUUGGGGUUUUGGAAUACAUUGAUCCCAAAUCAGCAUUUCUGCACUGACAGACUUGAUUUAUGUUGUAUAUAUUGAGGAUACUUGGAAAUGCUGUCAUUGAGGCCUGGGGUUGAUGAACCUCCAAACACGUCAAAUCAUUGAAGAGAUUUUCCUUUAGUUGUGUUUUUGUACAGUUUCUCAAACUGAACAUCUCAUUUUUGUCCUCUACACUACUAAAAAAAAAAAAAAAAAAAAAAAAAAAAAACUCCAGAUAAUUUCCACAUUAAAAUACAGAGUUCAGUAGCUGAGUAGGACAAACUAAAUCUAAGAAUGAAGUUAAAUCAGGAGUUGAUGAUUGUAGCUGCAGCUAAAAACCGAUAACAUCUUCCAAAAACCUUAAACUGUCUUUUGAGAGAGAAGUUUCAUUAUAAAACUGAAGUGGUUCAUUUUGAAUGUGACUUUUAUUGAAGGGUUAGUUAUUCAAAGUACUAAUUAGCCCUUUCUGCAGUGAUGUCAGGCCAAUUCCUCUAUAUUUGAAAUACUGAAUAUGGGACUGUUUUUUUUUGUUUUUGUUUUUUAUUUUAUUUUAAUAUACUAAAAUGAAACCCUAGACUCACACUGUCUGGACUUCUUCAAUUCAAAUUUACAUUCAUGCACAGUUUGUUUUUCAGACCAGCAACUCGGUUUUAUUUGCGCAAUCAUAUUGACCCCUAAAGUUUAUCUGCAUUCUGAGGUAGAUGAUUUACUUUUGUUGCUAGGAAACCAGAAACUCAUACAUGCAGUGAGACAAACACAAAAAUACUUCUCAAGGCUCACAACUAUUACUGCAGCAAGCUACAAAGCAGAGAAGAGACUUUCUUGUCAUUUUGAACAGUAAAACAGAAUUCUUCACCCUCCGUUUCACAUGCACCUGACUGGGAUUUUCCUUUCUCAUACUUUAAACCUUCAAUGGCUCACACUGCCUUUGUAAAAAGUCUGUGCUGGCAUCAUCAUGCUCUCGUAACGACUGUUAAACGUGUCUGUGUGCUUUUGAGAUAUGAGACAAAGCCAUGGAAAACAUUUAAAGUAACUUAUAAAUUAGGACUCCGCAGGCUCCAACAUGUGGCUUUCUUUGGCUGAACUCCAUUUAUCAGUUACAGGCUUUGGAAAUGACAGACGUUGGAGGUAUGCAGUUUUUAUUCCCUUCCUUCAAUGAAUUCAUGUGUCUGAUCACAGCCAAGCACAUUAAAAAAGCAAAAAUACUUUUCGACAUUUCCUCAUGAGAAAAGAGGAGCAGAAGGAAAACCUUUGGAGGAACAAGACGGCUAAUCUUUUCUUUCUCUGUCAGUAAACCUUUGUAUUAAAAAAAAUAAAAAAGCCUAGCCAACCUUGAUUGAACUCUCAGUCUAGACUUAUUGCAAAAAAGUAAAAUGAACUUUUGGUAAAUACUUCUGAAAAUUGAAACCAGUGAAUUUGCAUUUGAAAUCCUUGUUUUUCCCCCUCUUUUUUAGCAGUUAUGUGUCCCUCCUGGUAUGCCAUACCACCAUUGGUUCUGUAAAUGAAAUAAGAGAUUUAAAAACGAUCACAUUUUUUAUAUUGUACAUAUUUGUAUCUUUGAUUGCCUUUAGACUGUUUGCAUCUUAAUAGUCACUCAUAAUCUGCUUGUGUUUAACUUAUUGUUCUGUCCUCACAGUGUGGUUCUGAUUUUCUUUUUUGCUGUUUUUUUUAACGUUCUAAAUAAAAAAAAGUGCAUUGGCAUGA